AAACUGCCUCCAUCACCUUCGGCUGGCAAACGGCAAGCAAUCUGCUGGUAGGGCCUCCUGGCCUCCUGUCUUCGAGCCUUUUGCCUGUGGUGCCUACUAGCAGCUUGAUCCCUGCCAUCGCUUCAUGUUCACCAACUUGGCUACGCGCACGGAUUCUUCUGAAAGCCAACCAGAGCCUGACUUCAGCUGAGAAACCAUGACCUCGGCGCGCUCUGGAAUAGCCGCGCAAACAAACUCGGAGGCGCCUUCAUUAUCCCAUCAACCUGCAGUCGAAGCACGCGCUUGUUUGGAACCAUCGCCAUUACCUCUGGCCACCGUUGAAAACAUUGAUCCAAACUCUGAUUACGUUCUCAACCCGCCGUCCGCCGGUGCGCACAGACCAUCGCCAACCAAGGCGUCUCGUAGAUCGAGCGCUUCGGUCUCUGGACGAGGAAAAUUGGAAUUCGUCUCCAUCACCGCGCCUGCUCCUCCCUCUUUCCCCACGGAUUCGCCGACCAAAAAGCCACCCUUGCAUCCGUACGCACAAUCCGCCACCACUGCACCGAUGCCACACUCCGCCUUGUUCACGACAUUUUCCAGCGUCAAUCCUGACAAGGAGUCCCUGCAAGGACACCAGCUGCUUGAUGAACCAACCAGCGAUAACUUUGCUGAUUUUCCUGAGCCGCCCUUGGCUUCCAAACCACCCCUGAAAAGGGCGCUUCUAGAGGCGGCACCCCUGAAAGAGCGGUCGAUGAAGAAGCACAAGCGUGAAGAUAUUGUGUCCAUACGCCUCCCCGAACCCCAUGAAAUGCCGCCAAUUGAAGAUGAUGGCACCAAGCCUCCCUACAGCUACGCGACAUUGAUUGGGAUGUCAAUUUUACGUGCGCCAAACCGACGCUUGACUCUGGCGCAGAUAUACAAGUGGAUUUCCGAUACGUUCUCGUACUAUAAAAACAGCGACCCUGGCUGGCAAAAUAGCAUUCGUCACAACCUUAGUCUCAACAAGGCGUUCAUCAAGCAAGAGAGACCCAAAGACGAUCCCGGAAAAGGAAACUAUUGGGCCAUUGAAUCUGGAAUGGAGGCACAGUUUCUCAAGGACAAGCCUUUGCGUCGUGCCACUAUGUCCAGUCUUCCUCUCCCGACUGCUCUCCAAAGAGAACCUGCGCACCCGCAAACGCAAAAUGGUUCCUCUGCUUGGGCUAUACCAACCCCGUCCUUUCCUCCGACGGGGGCAAAAUCAAAAUCAUCCAAGAAUGUCGACCUGUCCUCUGAUGCAACACUACCUGCUUCGGAUCCCGCGCUCCAGGAAGACGCUGCUGAGGAAUCUGUGAGCGCGCCAGCACCUCAGGCUCUUCCACCACGCUCCUCUCCGCCCCAGCCCAUCCACUCUUCUCCUCCAAUUGUGCCACCUCGGUUCGCCCGUCAAGGAACGCCCCCUACGCCCUCGCAGGUGGCCGCUUCUGGAGUCAUCUCUCGCUCUAGAAAACGAAAAUCGAUUGCCAUGAAUGAUAGCGGAUAUUUCUCAUCUCUAGAAUCUUCGGCCAUGCGUCCAAACAAGGCGGGCCAUAUUUUGACUUCAGACUUGGAUAUUGAGCCACCUCGCAUCAAGCGUGGUCGGGCUGAGGAAGAAAUUGCGCGGAUCCGAAGCUCUUCCCAUGAUGCUAGCCCAAGCCGUUCGGGUGCAUUGAAGGAUGCUGGAUUGAUAGUUGGAUCCUCGCCUCUUCGUGGGGAAUAUCCUGCAAAACCCCCGCCAUCAGUAUCACCCAAUACGAACCUUAGAAACCAUCGCAAGAAGAUUCAGCAGAUGGUCAACUCCCCCAUCAAGCAUUUGGGUCUUGGGGACGAGGAUCUUCCAUGGAGCCCAGCAUUUAACAUCCAGGACGAAACAUUUACCCCGAAUGAUAAUCUGCAUGCCACCUUCGAUGUAUUUGCCGACCACACCGCGGAGAACCUUUCGGCCUCGGCUUACGGUUCGCCUGAAAAGCGCUCCAUCAAACGGAUCCGAAAUGAUGCCAGCGAGUCCGGUAGCAACGUACUCACAGACAUCACCGCCGUGAACGUGAAUAGCCGGGCCGGCGCGCAGCCCAUGCCAGCCAACAAGUCGAAGGGCUUGCUUUUUCCUGAUUCCCCGUCCAAAGUGCCUGAUUCUGGGCGCUUUGUCGACACAACCAACGAUGAUUUCUUUUCGUUCCAUCUCUUUGAUGAAAGCCCCGGAGAUGUGGAUGGGGUCGACCUCCUGCAAGGGUUCCAAAAAAUCGGCGGUGCAAAUAGGGAUGAAUUAUCACGAUCUAAGCCGAGGCCACAGUUGAAUCACCGAAGUAAUACUUCUUUGUUCUAAGAGAAUCCUGGGCUUCCUCAUUUCAAGAACCGGUCGGAAAUACAGGAGCUCACCCUCUCGAAUUCCGUUACUAUUGGCUUUAUCCUGACCGACUGACUUUGGUUCACGAGUAACGUUUUGUGAUGGGGUUUUUCUUAGCUGGAGGCUGGAGUUUAUCUUACAGGGCCUUGGUGUUUAUUGUUUCAUCUUUCUAUUGUUGAUCUUCC